AUGGCCACCGACUACAGCAAGAAGACCAACGCCGAGCUUGUGGAGAUCCUUAAAGCCCGCUCCCUUGCUCACACCGGCAAAAAGGCCGAUCUAGUAGCCCGCAUCCAGGAGGACGACGAGAAGACGUCGGGAGCUCCCGCUGCAGCUCCCGCCACAGCUUCCAAGACCGACGCUGCAGAGGAUGUGAUCGACUGGGAUGACGACGUACCCGCCGAGACCGCCGUGACCGAGCAGCCUGCUACUGAGGCAGGCGCCAACGCCAUUGCUGCUGGCGGCAAGGGCGCUGUCGCCAACCCGGUUGCCGUUCCCAACCAGCAACUCGACACUGAUCCUGCUGCCACCGACGACCUGAAGGUGGAGUCCACCGGCGACGUCGAAUCUGCUGCCGCAAAAAUCGCUGCAGAGGCCGAGAAGAAGCCCGCUGUUGAUUACACUCGUGGUCUGCCUGCAACCGAGCUGGACGAAGAGUUGCGCAAGCGCAAGGCCCGUGCCGAGAAGUUUGGCAUCAUCGAGGAUUCGGAGACUGCAUUGAAGGAGGCUGAGAAGUCGCUCGCACGCGCCAAGCGCUUUGGUACUACCACCGAAGGCGACAGCGCUGCUAGCGCAAGUGUGAAGGGCCUUGAUCAGGCGCUCCCUGAUGAGAAGUCGCGCAAGCGGGCUCGCACUGAGCAAGGUGGUCAAGGUGGCCGGGGCGGUAAGCGUCGUGAUCACGGUCGCAACCGUAACCGACGUGGAGAUGACCAGAAUCGCCGCGGUGGAAAUAAUGGAGCUAGCGCUUCGAAUGGCCAGAAGAACCCGAAUGACAAGGACAGAUUGGCUGCGGAGGCGCGCAAGAAGCGGUUUGCGACUGCGGCUUGA